AUGGCUGGGAAUGUUUCUUCUGGAGGCGACGAUGCCUUCGAGAGCUUGCUCAAGAAGGAGACCGCCUCAGUAGAGCAACGAGCAGCAGCAGAGAGGGCCCAGGCUCACGACACACAAUCCGACCAGCGAAUGAUGGAGAUGCUCUCACAUAACCAGACCCUUCCCGUUACUCUCUCCUCCGUCCAGAUUCACGGCGCCAAGCACACGCGCAGGUCUUUCCUCGACCCCCUCUUCCAGCCUCUCGUCGAGGAUAGCCGCAAUGCCAAUUAUACACUGUCCGAUAUGCUGGACCAGGUGGGAGGGGCCGUUGAGAAGUUACAGAGGUUCGACAUCUUCCACCCGCAGAUUGUCUUUCACCUUUCCCGCCCGUCUCACCUCGACCCUUCUUCCUCGCCCACCGAUCUGGACGUCUCCCUACGAGUGCGUGAAAAGUCUCGACUCCUCCUGAAGACAGGCACGGACCUGGGAAAUACAGAGGGAUCGGCAUACGGGUCUAUGCUUCUGCGCAACGUAUUUGGCGGCGCCGAAUCACUGUCUCUCAGCGCUUCUACCGGUACGAGGACGCGGUCAGCCUAUAGUGCCGAGUUUGGUACCCCGAUAGGAAGCAAUCCGAACCUGAGGCUCAGUAUAGACGGGUUGGCCAGCAGCACGCACAAGCCUUGGGCAAGCCAUGAGGAGGUCCUCAAGGGCGGAGGCCUGAAGCUGAACUGGGCCAGUGCUAGUGGAGACCGUUUUCAGCUGGGGUACGGUGGUAUGUGGAGGCAGUUGACAGGUCUUGCCCCCGGGGCGAGCCCGACAGUACGAGGUGACGCCGGAGACUCUGUGAAGAGUGCCAUUUCCUAUCUCUUCCAACGAGAUCGGAGAGACAACCCUAUGCUUCCCCAAAGCGGGUAUAUGAUCAAGACAGUCACAGAAAUCGCGGGUUGGGGGUUGUUAGGUGGAGAUGUCGGCUUCUCCAAAAGCGAAAUAGAAGUGUCCGGCGCGGUGCCUGUCUCGAUACCGGGGUUGAGAGGUCCUUCGGGCGUCUCUGUCGGUGGUGGCUUCAGAGCGGGCUUACUAUACCCUCUCCCCCUUUCCUACGGCAUGGGUGGUGCGGCGCCCAGUCGGCUUAAUGACCGUUUCACCCUUGGUGGUCCAACAGACGUACGGGGGUUCUCGUUGGGUGGGCUCGGUCCACGGGAUGGUGCCGAUGCGCUUGGUGGUGACGUUUUCGCAGCCGGCAGCGUCAACAUGCUCAUCCCGUUACCAAGGGCAGGUCCCGAUUCUCCCUUCCGACUUCAGUUGUUCGCAAAUGGUGGCAGGCUGGUAGCGAUGAGGAACAAAACGAAGAGCAACGAUACUGCAUCUGGUCAACUCAUGGGUGCCGGGACGGUUUGGGAUGGCAUGGUCUCCGCCACAAAAGACAUGGGCACUGGGCUACCCAGCAUCGCGGCUGGCUUUGGCCUGGUAUACGCGCAUCCCGUUGCGAGAUUUGAGCUGAACUUCAGCUUGCCUUUGGCGACAAGACUCGGUGAAGAAAGCAGAAAGGGGCUUCAGGUGGGUGUAGGGAUCAACUUCCUGUAA